AUGGCGCAUGCACUGCAAACCGCUGUUUUGGGGGCGCUGCUGCUGUCUCCAAUCCCAGGGGUUCUCGGGGCGUCGACUAUAGAGGACCAACGAAGUGCGCCCGGAAGCGAGAGGUUCGGCGGCGGAUUGACCAUCUUAUCCGAUAAUCGUCUUGACAAUAGUCCCAAGAAUGGCUCCGCCGCUCUCCUCGUCCACCAGCAAGCAAGCUACGCCGCGGCCGUCGCCUCGUGCAAGGCCCUUAGUGAAGGCCUCUGGAACCCGGACACGAUGAAAUUCACUGACGGCCUGAAUAACUCGCUUUCAUACCAGGCCCACAUUGGUGCCGUCCCCGUCAGCCAGCUCUUCUGGGUCAACCGCGGACACCGGAAUACCACCGCCAGCUGCCGUCAGUGCCGUGCCAUUGAUAUCCACGGCAACACCAUGCCCUCCGACUGUACGCGCAAGCUCCCCGUCCUAUGCACCCAGACGGCCCCUGUCUCUACACAGGGAAACAACACGGCCACUGGCUAUCUCGUCAACCAUCCAGUGGGUAAUCAAAUGUAUACUGGCUACCGCGAUGCCUUCGCGUGGAAGUUUCGCGCCAUCCGAUAUGCCCCACAACCUACGCGCUUCGAGCACUCGACCCCGUUCGAGCCCAACGAGGCGACGGCGAUCACGGCACUGACGUCCAAGGCCGACUGCCUCCAGCCGGUGGGCGAAGUGCAGAGUGGUAGCAGUGAGGACUGCCUCUUUCUGAACGUCUGGACGACCCAUCUCCCGCCGCGGAAGGGGGGUCGCGCCAUCAAGCCGAAGCUAAAGCCCGUCAUGUUUUACAUCUACGGCGGUGGAUUCACUAGUGGCACGAGCAACAAUGGAAACGCAGAUGGCACGAAUCUCGCUUCUCGUGGCGAUGUCGUGGUAGUGACGCCCAACUACCGCGUCAGCACGCUUGGAUGGAUGGCAUUCGAUGACGGGGUCCAUAACGGCAACUACGGACUUGGAGAUCUCAUUAACGCGCUCAAUUGGGUGCAGAAGUAUAUCAAGGACUUGGGUGGCGAUCCAACAAGGGUGACCAUCUUUGGCGAGUCGGCCGGCGCUAUGCUCGUCCGGGCAUUGCUCGCCUCUCCUAAGGCUCAGGGGCUGUUCUACGCUGCCAUCAGCAUGUCUGGCCCGACGGGGCUCUCAGGGAACGAACAUGGCUCGACUUCCUACUACAACUCCAUCGAGUCGGAAUUUGAGGGGACUUCCAAGGCCAUCCUUGACAAGAUGGGCUGCUUGAAUGCCACAGAUCGGCUCGCCUGCAUGCGGGAGGUCAACGCCACUGAGUUGAUAAACAUCAGUGCCGUAUCCAGAUCACUGGUUCAGGACGGGACAUGGCUCGUGUCGAACACUCUGGCGCUCAACAACACAAGCGGCUACACCAAAGACGUGGCCUUCAUGACAGGGACAAACCGCGACGAGCUCGGUGUCGACGUCGACCCGAUCAAGGAAGGCGCCAACAUCACCGACAUCUUCGCGCACCACCUCCCCGGCGACGUAGGCGACCUCUCCCAUUUCCUCAACUCCUCCGCCUUCGCACCCCCCAACCCAACAUCCCCAACCCAAAUCCUCAACGCCACGAUCCGCGCCUCCACCAACGGGCUAUACACCUGCCUCGAACAAGCCACCGCCUACACCGCCGCCCGACACGCCGCCUUCAAAACCGUCUACUCCUUCCAAUUCAACCGCACCUACAGCCCGCCGGGCUACACCAAACCGCACUGCGACGCGCCCAAAACGGCCGCCCGCCCGAACGGCGACCCCGACGCCGAGUACUUCAAGUGCCACGCCGGCGAGAAGAUGGUCGUCUUCGGCAACCCGCUGCGCGCCGGCCUGCCCGACCGCGACGGGCUUGAUGUGCCGUUCGCGCAGUUGGCUGUUGAUUACUGGAGCGCGUUUGCGAGGACGCAAGACCCGAACCCGAGUAGGGCGUAUUUGGAGGCGCGGGGGUAUUGGGGGACGCUGGAGCAGGUGGAGAAGGUUGGGUUGUGGGAGACGGCGGGGCCGGGCGGGUGGCGGUUGUUGCAGUGGAAUGGACGGCAGCAGGGGGUCACGGAGAAGGCGCAGUGUGAUGCGCUGGGGUUGUCGGUUGACUAUUUUGAGACGAGAUGA